AUGUCGCAUAUAAUUUCAGAGGCAUGGAUCCUUCCUAUUAUUACUCGCUUCUUUAAUGAGAAGAAAGCGUUUUACGAAGGUCAUAUUUUUCACGGACAAAUUACAAACAUUGAGUAUCGCCAAUAUGUGAAUAUCUUUAGAGCAAAGUUAAACGACCGGAAUAGCAUGGUUCAAUGCGAAUUAUCUCCUUCCCCCUUAAACCGCGUGCCCGAAAUGAAAUUAUUCGCUCCAUUUAUUAUUGUGAAGGCUUUUUCUGUCAUUGUGGACGUGAAGGCGCCUAACGAAGAAUGGAUGAUAUAUUUAAGUAUUAAAAAUUACGACGUUACUCACGGUUAUAUCAAUCCUCAACUUUUGGCCAGCUUUACGCCGAUUUGGAAGGAAAAGGCAAUCAAAAACGCGGUAAAAGCGCACGCAAACGCAUCGCAAAUUCCGGUUGAUUUGACUCUUGAACGUUUCCUAGAAGCAAUGGAGUCCUCAACACCGGCCUCGUUAUCAGGAGAAAGCUCUAGCAGAUCAACCAGUCAUAUAAGUGCGUUAACUGAUGAUUUUCUCGAAGAACUGGGUAUAUCGGUGACUCCAAAGUCACGUAAACAGCCUGAUGAACCCGCCGAGCAUACACGGGCAGAUGCAGAGAAACUUCAUGCGGCAAAGGUUGCAAUGAACUUGCCAAAGACUCACAGCUCACUAAUCUUAAGAAGACUAUUCGGAGAUCGUAUCAAACGUUUAGAGGAAUAUCUGUGCGAGAUGGUCGGACCGGAUGUUCACCUUGUAAUCAAAGAAGACAAUGAAGAAUAUAUUAGCUUUCUUAGGAAUUCGUACGCAUUCGCUUACAAGAUGGUGGAGCCCGCUUCGGAAAGUGUAGUAGAACAUUUCAGCCUGCCAAAUUUAGUAGAUAAGGUAGUUGAAGAUUCAAUAAUGGUCGGGGAGACGUUUUUGAGAAAUGUAUUACUGAACGGAUACAGACAGCAACGCGUUGGCAAAGAAAAAAUCACAGAGAAUUUCUACCCGAAUAGUCUCGUGGAAUACAUAAAGACUUCGACUUCAUGGCAAACGCUCUUUCGUAGAAUUGGGGCUAAAUUUGUAGAAUGUCUGCUAAAGAAUGCUGCAAUCUUUAUCGGAUUGGAUAAUGGCUGCUUCUUUCAGAUUACUGGUCCUCCGAUUAAUCACAACCUUAAUACCACGGUUCGCACUAACCCGGCUUUCAGUAAAAAGCGCGGUAGUGCAUUAGAGGUUGCCCACAUUGCUGGAAAGAAUUUCACAAAGAAACGACGUUUACACGAACCGAAACAGGACCUUGAUCCGGGAGUUUCUCAGCAAGAGUCGAUCGACAAGAACUUGCCCGAAACAUCUACUAUUGCUGAAUCGGAAAGUGCAGACGCGUCGAUCGCGGCAGACAACGUUUACGAAAAGCCGACGCGAACGUAUACAAAUCUAACAUUUUCCCCGUCAGCCCUAUUUUAUGCACGAGCGAAACGUACUCAGAAGCGAAUCUGGAUCGGUCUUUCCUUUAAACAUAUCUUUAACCGUAUUGUAAAAAUGAAAAAGGGAGGAAGAAAAGGGUACGGUGCCGCACACGUUAUGCGAUACAUAUUUCCUAAACAGUUUGGAAUGCCAAAUGUCUUUGAUACGGUACACCAAAAGGGAAUGGUUGUGAACGCUCUUGGCAACACAUUUUAUCGUGAGGCCGAUAUAAUGAUUGCUGGCGAGAAACCGGUCCCGAAGCAUCUCGUUCAUAUUGGAAAAGAUAUCGAAAAAAUUAUAAAUUCGCAUAAAAACUGCCCUUACCCGGCAUUUUAUGACCAAUGCUGUCCCAAAAAGGUCGCAGCAUUUGUUCACCGCGUCAUAAGACGGCUCGUCCCUGACACGUUCUGGGGUGACGUUGAGAAUAGAAACUCUGUUUUCGAGAAAAUUUAUAAAUUUAUUCGCUGUGGACGAAAUGAGUGUACGACUCUACAUGAGAUGCUCCAGGGAGUCAAGCUAAAGAAAUGUGAUUGGCUUGUAAGAGCAGUCCAAGACCAAGAUGCAGUCGCUAAAUCCCAAAAAAUGAGACAACUCCUUGGAGAAUUUAUUUGGUGGCUAAUGGAAUCCGUUGUUUGCUGCCUCCUCCGUACCUCUUUUUAUAUAACAGAAAGCGCCUCCCCCAAAAAGCGGGUUCUCUACUUUAGACAUGACGUAUGGGAAAUGAUUACCGAGAACAAGCGGAUGGAGUUGAUGAAAUCAACAUAUGUCGAGAUUCCCCAAGACAAGUUAUCAGAAUAUGAGGGGAAAACUCUGGGUUAUGCAUCACUUCGAUUGACUCCUAAGGUCGGUGGAUUUAGACCAAUUACAAAUCUAAAUAUGCCAGUUAGACGAAUAAAUGGAGCUCGUUCACAGAUACCCAGCGAAAAGGCUCCAUCUCCAAAUAAUUUAUUAUCAGAUGUAUUUAAUAUUUUGACAUUGGAAAAGUCGCGAGUGCUCGGCGAUUCCUAUAUCAGUGGCCUAGGAAGCGCCUGCGAGCAUCUAAAAGUCUUUAAAAAACGAUUGACAGAUCUGGUCGUCAGCCCGUUAUUAUACUUUGCAAAAGUUGACAUACAAGCAUGUUUUGACACGAUUAAUCAGAAUGUCCUUAUGGACAUUGUCAAGGACGUUGUCUUAAAGAGCGAAUGUUAUAGAGAUGCAAAUGUUUCGCUCGUUCGUUCAACCAGCGACAGUAUUACCAAGCAUCAGAUACGUCGGUCUGCAUACGCUGACAAUUUUACACAGUUUAGCAACGUUGCACAUGGACUGGCCGAGUCCAGACACAAUGCUAUUUUUGUUGAUGAGUGUGUCUACUAUAAAAAGUCGACAGACAAGCUUCUCGAUCUGUUAGAAGAACAUAUUGAUGACAAAUACUACAGACAACAUACUGGUAUUCCACAGGGUUCUAUAAUUUCAACAUUGCUGUGCAGUUAUUUCUUUAAUGAAAUGGAACAAGAAAAGUUUCCGUUUGUUCGUGAUGAGGACAGUCUGCUUCUCCGUUAUAUUGAUGACUUUUUAUUUAUAAGUCUCGACAAGGGAAAGGCAGAAAAAUUUUUAAGUGUGAUGUUUGAAGGACAUUCACAUUAUGGAUGCUUGGUAAACAAGGCAAAGAGUAUGACAAACUUUGAGACAGAAAUAUGUGGGCACAAAAUGGGUUAUGGCAGGGCCAUUGAAGAGCCUAUUGAUUUCCCAUGGUGUGGUGUCCUGAUAAAUACAAAGACAUUGGAAGUGAAGUGCGAUUAUUCCCGAUAUGUGAGCAUGCGUAUCCUUUAUGUGCAAGAAGCAAAAAAAAAUUCCACAAAUUCUGUAUCAACCGAGUUGUCUUGUUCUUACAUAUUAUGUCUGGCAGACAUGAAAGAUACAAUAUCAGUCAGCAUACAGAGCCCUAUUAAAACCCUCAAAAACAAGCUGAUUCAGAUGAUGCAUCCUGGUUGGCAGGACAUUUUUGUCAGCUUGGAUUUGAACACUAUACAGACAGUUUUCCUCAACCUCUAUCAGAAUUACAUAGUGGCAGCAAUCAAGUUUCGUCAUUAUCUGCAGACAUUGAGACAAUCUGGUCACCAUUUGGAUGGGGAGCCUGUUGCUGAAGCUAUAUAUUGCGCGUGUGAACAUCCGUGCGUGCUGAAGGUGCCGAGAAAUGCUGUGUUUGUGCCGCCCUUUAGGAAACGACAACUUAAAUGGCUUGGAUCACAUGCGUUUCUCCGUGUAUUUAAAAUGAUCAAGAAACAAUACCCAUGCCUAGUUAAGAAUUUGAAGAUAGCUAAGCAUCAGUAUUGCCGAGAAGAUGUCGAGGCACUUUGUUUUGCCUCUGACAUAAAUAAUAGCGAGACAUUGAAGACGUUACUAUACGGUGCUGAUAUUCAAAUCUGA